UUCUAAGAAGUGCUUCUUAAACUGUGUGGCCAAACACCUUCACGGUUUCUCUAGAAACAGUUUCUAGAAAACUACUUUUAGGAAACAGAAACUGUUUCCUAGAAGCUUGGCCAAACAGGCUCUAGGUCACUUCUUCAAUUUUACUCACAUUACUCAGAAAAUUCACCGAGGACCACCUGUCUGUCGCGUCUCUCUCCACCGAGGACCCACAAUUCCGGUGGGUGGCUACACGUCGUCUGCCGCUCUCCUCUGUGCGUCGUAUUAGGAUUUCGUGCUUCCCCUUUUUGUUCUUCAGGACCCUGCAAAUUCUGAGUUGAUUGGUGCUGGAAAAAGGACAAAUGGUUUGUACUAUUUUGUCACACCUUCAGACAACACACUAUCAAAUGCUGGGAUCAACAAAGGUUCUUCCUGUUUUUCUCUUUCGCGUGCUUCAUUUGUAUUUCAAACUCUAGAAAAAUAGUAGGUACCCCCUCUUCUAUUAUGCUCCUCUUUGUUUUCUUAGUUGUUUUUGCUUUUCUGCUGUGUUAAACUUUUAAUUAUCCGCCGCCUUCAAAAAUGACCAAAAAUUUGGGUGGGGACAAUCCUUCUUCUCAACCUUCUGGGUUUACCGGUUGGAGUGUUCCCCAAGAGAGUAACUGUAGUUGGGCCCAGGUGAGGCCGCCUUCUCGAUCUAGUUUAAGACGGACUGCCAUUCGUGAGAUAUACGACGAGGGUUUAAGUCAGGCUGAGAGGGAGCGUUGUUAUGCCCUACAUCAUCUACGGGCUCGAAUGAUACGGGAAAUGAGGUCUCAUGAGCGUCCUAUUCCGGCUACUGAGCCUGUUUUAGAUGUUUCCCCUAUUUCGGUGCGAUAUUAUAUUCGUUCUUACCGGGAAUUUUUGGAUUCCGCCGGCAGUGGCCUCGGGCAGUAUGGAACUAAUACUGGCAACUUUGGUGUUUCUUUUGGUCAGGCUGAUAGGAUGGCUUCAGAACAACCGGCUAGCACUAGCGGGCGCCGCCCUGGUAAAGAGCCUGUGACUGAUGACAUAGAUAUGGCUACCGGCGAAUACUCCGAUGGUGAUUCCAUCUUCGAGGAUUCCGCUGGUAAGGAUGUUGAUGAACAUAGGGGUGGUGAUGGUGAUGACGCUGGCGUAUCUGGUAGGAAUGACACAGACGUCGGUGACGAUGGUAUUGGUUCAGAUGAUGAUGAUCCGGCCGACGUGAUAGUGGUCGACGUUCUUGCGGAUGAGGCUAAGGAGCAGCCUUAUUUUACCGAUGACUCCACAGAUGUUCAUAGGAGAGAAGAGCUCCCUCCUUUAGAUAGUCUUCCUCGUACGACCGAGAUUUUGACGACUUGGCGUGAUCUGAUCAUAAAGAAAAAUCAUGUGGUUCAUGGAGGGACUUUUCUUGGAUUGCCGACUGAGUAUAAGUUAGUAGUGCCGCCUGAAGGUGCUACUAUUUUUUACUGUCCUCCCGGCCAUAUUGCUGUGUACGCGAAGCAUUUCGAUUUUGGGCUUCGCUUUCCUCUGCACCCUUUUGUUGAGAAGAUAUUUCGGGCUUGGAAUGUCUGCUUGGCCCAAGUUACCCCUACUACCAUCAGAACUGUUAUUUCGUAUGUCUGGCUGUGUUUGUUUAAACAAUGGCCGCUGACGUUGAAUUUAUUCAAGCGGCUGUUAUGGUUGAAGAAGGAUGGUGAGACAGGGUGGAUGUCGGCGUAUAGCGCAACGAGAAGGAAGACUGUGCAUCCUCCUUUGUCGAGCUGCAAAGAUUGGCAGGAUCGUUUUUACUUUGUUCAAGUUCCUGACGACUUUUCUCUCCGACGGACUUUUACUAAACCCCGGCCUCAAAUGGAGCAGUACAACCAGCGUGGUUUGGGCAAGCGGGAGAGAAAAGCUUUUGAUUAUCUGGCGUGUGACAUUUUAGAUGUCGGCCUCAGCAAAAGGCAGGCUGUAAAUCGAAAUUGGCUCCCUAAUGCCUAUUAUAUUUUGGGUAGUCAACCCCUGUCUGCUGUCGGCCUUUGCAACACCCACUACUUUGGUAAACAUAUUUUUAGCUGAAUGGGAUGUAUUUAUUUUUGCUAUUUUUAGUUUUGUGUAUUGAAUAAGUCAGUUGCCGGCUUUAAUUGUGUCCUUGUCU